UCGGCGUUACAAAUACACCUAUCCAAUAAAAGCAAAAACUCUAUAGAGGCUCUGGCAGUAGACUCGAAGCGAUAGACGCGAAACCAUCGCGAUUGAGCGCCAGAAUAUAGAGUUUGUUUACAUUUCUCGGUCGUGUUAGAGCAAAUUUCUGUGGCAAAUUGAACCAAAUGAGUCCAGAGACACCCAGUUCUUCGGGUAGUGACACUUCGAGGCCGCCAAUCAAGUGUGCCGAGGAAAGACUGAUGGUGGCCGUGAGGGUGAGACCGUUGAAACGGGACGAGUCUCAAAGGGUUUUGUAUGCUGCUGACGAAAAAAAAAUUAUAUUGGAAGAUUUCGACAAAUGUGACUCCAUCCGACAGAAAAAAGGCAUAGAACGACAAUACACUUUCGACGUUGUUUUCGGUGAAACUGUCAACCAGGAAACCGUCUAUGACGUCACUACCAGUAGCUUGGUCAAAGAUGUUUUGAAUGGGUACAAUGCUACUGUUUUCGCUUACGGUCCCACCGGAGCGGGUAAAACCCACACAAUGGUGGGCGACAGAAAUCAUCCGGGCAUAAUGAUUAGAGCCCUAAACGACCUCUUCGAAGUUGUCAAAGAUAAAGAGGAGGAAUAUUCGGUCACCAUGUCUUAUUUGGAGCUGUACAACGAAAAUAUACGCGACUUGCUCAAUCCGUCUUCGGGCUAUUUGGAGUUGCGAGAAGAUUCCAGAGGCCGGAGUAUACAUGUGGCUGGAUUGACUGAGAUUUCAACUACUAGCACGGAUGAGAUUAUGCAAUUGCUUGAAAAGGGCAACAAAGCUAGGACUAUAGAACCCACAGCAAUGAAUCAAACGUCUUCUAGAAGCCAUGCUCUCCUCAGCGUUACCGUAAGGCACACAGUUCCUGUGAAUAAAAAAGACCAUUUGAGAAUGCGUAUAAAACAAGGAAGACUUUUCAUGAUCGAUUUGGCUGGUUCCGAGAGAGCGAACAAAACGAAAAAUAGGGGCAAACGAUUGCAGGAAGGCGCUCAUAUAAAUAGAUCGUUACUGGCACUUGGAAAUUGCAUUAACGCUUUAGCUGGAGGAGCCCGAUACGUUAAUUACAGAGACUCAAAAUUAACGAGACUGCUCAAAGACGCUCUGAGCGGUAAUUGUAGAACAGUGAUGAUAGCUCACGUAAGUCCAGCCGCUAAUCAGAAAGACGAAUCCAGAAAUACUUUAACAUAUGCUGAUAGAGCCAACAAUAUAUCAACAAAAGUUGAAAGAAAUGUUCUGGAUGUUUCUUAUCAAGUGACGCAAUAUCAAACCGUGGUAAACGAGCUGCGAUCUGAAAUAUCCAGGCUUCAAAGCAAAAUGAAGGAAGAACGUCCAAGAUCGGCCGACAUUAAAUUGAACGCCGAAGAGCGAAGCAACGAAGUGCGUAAUUUAAGGGAACAAAUUGUUGACACCUUUAAAACGCAAAUGAAACUUAGGAGGAAAUUAAUGGAGAUUGAUGCACAUCUUUUAGGGCUUGGAAUGGAAGCUGAAAGACAGCAUUUGAUAAUUUCCCAUUGGGAAUCUAGAAAUAAUAAACUUUAUAAGAAUAGUAUAAAUGUUAGUAGGGCAAGGACUCAGCAAAGCAUCCGAAGACGAAAAUUAGUCUCAGCAGACAGAUUCAGAUCGGCUGGUAAUGAAGAAGAUUGUAAUGGCGGUGGUUCCGAUGUUGACGAAGCUGAAGCUGAAUCAGCUGUACAACAAGCUUGGGGCGAGCUAGCUGACAUCGAACGAGAACAAGACAGAUGGUCCGAGUUGAGAACUCACAUUGAAUUGAAACUGGAAGCUUGCAGGCAACGUGGAGUUAGGCUUGAAGAUAAAUUACCAUCUCUUCUCUCGUCGGACGACGAACGUGAAAUCUUGGCUCUAAUUUGUAGAGUGCACGAACUGGAAGCCGACAAAAUGGCUUUACAAUCCGAAAGGCUGGUGAGACAGCACGAACUGAAACGUCGAGAUUUGCUCAUAAUCAGAUACGAUAGACAACGGCAAUUGUGCGAGGAAAUUAUCACUAGACAAAGGCAACUAAUUGAAGAAACUAAAAUAAAGUUGCCACCCGAUCUGCAAGAAUUGUACCAAAUGUAUCAGCAAGAAAUCCAUGCGGCUACUUAUACAGACUUUCAACCACCACCGUCCACUGCAGGUGUUACUCCUGACAAACUUCCACCUAUAAGUAAAAUUUACAGUGAUCCAAUGUUUAAGCCAUCAUUGACAUCAGAUCCGAGCGUAUCACCUCCGUCAUCUUCAGAGAGUGGAGGCGAUGAAGUACCGAAAAAUCCGAACAACGUCGAUAGAGUGAUGGGACACGUGGUAACUCGGCCUGGAUCUGUGAUGAAGCUGCCUCCUUUGCCUCCUAGUCCUCCUAUCAGGCUACCGACUCGAUCCAAAGAUUCCGCACAUACUAUGAGAAGAGCGGUCAGUGAAGAUAGAAUUUCUGAGACUGCUGGGCCAUCUACUAAAGAUUAGUAAUCGUGGAGAUUUUUUUGUGUGAAUCAUUUUGUUGCGCACAAAAUAGUUUUUUUUUGUAAUUUUUAUUGCAGUAUUAUUAAUAAUUAUUAAAUAUGAUGUUUUUUUCUUUUAGUCCAAAUUGUUUUAGUCUCGUCCUAAUAAUUCAAAUUAUGGAUUUAUUUUUUUAUACAUUUGUCCGAAAC